CACAGCAUGUCGUUAUCGGUGCAAUUACUGAAAAAAUCCUUGUUCAAAUUGUGUUUACCUGACGCCCAAAAAGAUCAUUGUGAAUCACUCACCUGCGACUGAGACCUUGGUUCUUCUACGGUUAAAAAACGAAAUAUCCACACCGAUGGAGUUUGAAUGAUUGCGGCAAACACCAUUGAUUUCUACCAUCAGCCAACACUCAUUUUUAGCCAGGUGCUAGUCCUUCAGUUUCAGGAUUCAGCUCAUUACGCCUCUUUGGAUUAAUGUGCUGAGAACUCGAUGGCUUUCAUACAAAUAUGAAUAGCAUUUGGCUAACCGUGUUUUGGAACAACUCCCGCAACACUUGGUUAGCUGUCGAUCGUGGAAAGGAGCUAGGCAAAAGCAAUGUUGUAUAUAAACUCCCCGUAUUUCCGUAAGAAUUACACAUUCGCACAUCAGCAGCUUUAUAAGUAUUCAACAAACUUGGUUUGACGCUGAAGAUGAAGAUCGCCUUGAUGUUCCUGAUAUCGAUGCUGGUCGUCGGUACCCAUCCGUAUUUCCAUGCGCAGCUUAGGGAAAUGCCUUGGUUUUCACCACACGCUCCACGGCCCUUUAUCGAUACAUACCAACCAUUUAUUGUUUACCUCUCCAAGCCUGAUUCUCCAACAUUGUACUCGUCAGAGGAUUUAGCUGCAGAGAUGCUGCAACAAGAUGGCCGUGUGUUUCAGGGACACGCGGACAGUGAACCGGAGUUCCAGGAGAAUUACAACGCAGCAGACUCUCAACCGAGGGUGAAGUCUUCGCUCGAGGAAGCGAAGCCUCGUUUUUUUUUCGGCUUGCAACAAGCCACGUUUACUAAUCCUUUUUAUAAAACGGCUACGUUCACCGUGUCGUCGACUAUCACAGUUAGCAGUCUCGUCAGGUGUAUUCCAGCAGCAAAUUUUGCAAAUGUUGCAGCCCGAGUAACGCCUUGCCGUCGCAAACGCAAUCUGCCCGAAUCGCUCGAAACAGCUGAAAGCCCAGUUGCUAUUGCCCCGUCAGAACCAUUAUUGACGGCGGCAUCCUCGCCUACUGGCCAAAUGCAAGAAAAACGUUUGCGUGUCACGGGACAGGACGCACACGAUGUGAUCAUGUCGUCUAAAGGCGAGGCUGAAACCUUCGAAUCUGCAGCAGCGCACGUGAACUUGAGAAGCAAGCGUUUCUUUUUUCCCAACAGAGAUGCGUAUGUUGCAUCUACGACAGUGACUUCGCUGAGUAUAUCCACAACCACGACGACCGUAACAGCCAAUCCCACAGCUGCUAAUGGCCUUCUCUGCUUACCCAACGGCUACCGCGUUUGCUAAGCAGCUUUGUUGCUUAACUUUCAAUGUUUUAACCACGAUAUCAUGCAUUAUCCUCUA